GCCCUCCCGCGCGGCUGCACUCUCACGACCACUCGAACGAUCGUCGUGCACCCCUCCGUAUCACGCUACCUCGUGUUGCGGAUUAUCACUGCGAAGCUCGCAAACUUGGCUCGUUCUCGUUCCACUUGCCGCGGUGGUGGCAUCGCGUUUCACCGAUCACGUCGAACAUGCUCGUCGGCGGGGGUGGUGGCGGUGGAGCACAGCGGAUUCUCUGGUGGAUUCUCUGAUUCUCCACAAUUCGCUCGCGUUCGAAUCCUCUCUCCGUGCCUUUACGAUUUUGAUCUACUUUUCUGUGCGUUUCAGUCGGAAUUAUCUUAUCAAUUGUUGUGCCGCAAGCUGCGCAGCUUGCCAAGAAAAUUCACGGAUAUUUCACAGAACGAGAUUGCUCUCUGCGAGGCUUGAGCUUCAUUAGUUCCCAUAUAGACCGCCCUUUGUAGACCGUAAACUAAUUCAUUUGGUGUUUGCAACUAUCGGGUCGCAGGUUGCAAGGAACUCACGAACCGGCGUCUCGUAUAUCUACCGCGGAAUUAUCGUCGGUCUGGUAACGGAGCGAUGUCGACGUGCACGCGCGCGCGCGUGUUUGAUGCAACGAUGGUUUGAUCUGUCGUACGGAUUCUCUUUCUAAUAACUUUCCCGACGAAUGAUUUCUUUUGUGUCCGAUAAAUCCGUGUAAUUCCACCACGUUCGGCAAGGAGACUCCGGAACGCCGAUUCCACUCGCGUACUCUCGCGCGUCUUCGCGAGUCCGUCGUCGUCGUCUCGAUCAAUCGAUCGAUCACGUUCCGUUUUCUCUUCGCGACUACAAUGGGGGACAAACAGUUUUCCGUUAACGAAGCAAGACGGAUCGUACGGGAUCGUGGCUGAGCGCGAAGCGUUCCUUUCUGUGUCGAUGCGCAGAUAAUGAAGGAAAGCUUUCUCCUCGAUCAGCCGUGCCGUAAAAACCCCCGAUCGUCCGAAAGGUCUCGAUGCACCAUUGCGCAUGUACACGUGUGCGUACUCGUUUCCGCUAGCUUAUCUUAUGUGUUUCCUUUCCUACUCUUCCGAUUUUUCUCUCGGAUCUCUCUCUUUUCUUUCCAAAGUCGUUCUUCCACCACUCACCCAACACUUGCACACCGCGCACGACCUUACUACUUUACGAUAUCUCGAGAGAAACCGGUUCCCUUUUUCCCGCAUGCUGCCGAUGCCCCAUAAUUCCCUGGCGUCGUACUCCUCCCCUGCUUUCCUUUCGCCAAUGUCAUUUGAUUAUCGUCGUGAAACUCGCCGACUAUCUUCCGAAACACGGCCGCCUCGUGUUUUCUUAUUGCUAGCUCCUCUAAACGUAUGUGGUACUCGAGAACAUCGAAUGGCGUUCAUCUCGCAAAUAAUCGCAGCUGGCGUUUCCUUCGAUCCCGCUCGAUAUCGCCGGCUCUCGCCCCAUUUAAUCCUCCCCCGCGAUCCUCCCGGUCAGUGUACACGUGUGCGACGUAGUGCACACGCUAUGUGCGAACAUACAAACGCCAUCGACAUGGACUGGCAGCGAUUCUCCAUCCCCUUUGGUCGAAAUCGAAGCAAACGCGAAGAUUUACCCACAUUCGGCAGGCCGUUGAACAACCUCACAGUCUCAGUGGGUCGCGAAGCCAUUUUCACCUGUAUCGUCGAGGGCCUCGGACCAUACAAGGUAGCGUGGCUACGAGUCGACACGCAGACGAUACUGACGAUAGCGAAUCACGUUAUUACGAAGAAUCAUCGGAUAGCAGUGAGUCACAGCGGCCACCGGACAUGGUCCCUGCAUAUAAAAGACACACGCAGGAAUGACAGCGGUUGGUACAUGUGCCAGGUUAAUACAGACCCGAUGUCCAGCAUCACUGGAUUUCUCAAAGUCGUUGUGCCGCCGGAUAUCCUGGACUACCCCACUAGUACAGACAUGGUGGUGCGAGAGGGUAGCAACGUGACGCUGCGCUGUGCAGCGACAGGGACACCGGAGCCGACGGUCACGUGGCGUCGCGAGGCGGGUGGCAUGAUCCGCCAGGAGAUGUCCAGUAUCGAGGGCCCGGAGCUGGAAAUAACGCGCGUCACGCGGGUCCAUAUGGGGCCAUAUCUCUGCAUAGCGUCUAACGGGGUGCCACCGACUGUCAGCAAGCGGAUCGUCCUCAUUGUUCAUUUUAAGCCUAUGGUUCGAAUCGAGAAUCAACUGAUGGGUGCUUACGAAGGGCAAACUCUCACGUUGGAGUGCGACAGCGAGGCCUUUCCUCCACCUAUCACUUACUGGAUUAGAUCGUGGAAUGAAACCAUCACCAAUGACGAAAACUAUAAAGUCGACACCUUCGCCAAGAAGAAGUACGAGGUCACGAUGAGGCUAAUCAUAAAGUCCGUGCGAGCGCUGGACUUUGACUCCUUCCGGUGCGUGGCAACCAACUCCCUCGGCCAAACGGACGGCAAGAUAAAAAUUUACAAGUUGGACGACCAACCAACGACGCGCAAGUCCGGUGUGCGACGGGAUUCGAAGAAGAAGACAGAUCGCAACUACGAGAAGAAGGCUGCCGGUAUGAAAGACGACCCGCUGCUGAAGGGCGGCGAUAGCGGCGACGAGCUGAUCGAGUUUCAGUCGGCGACAGCCUCGUCGGCCCUUCAUCGUCAUCUGUUCACGAAUCUCGGGAUAACCGCCGUAAUCCUGGCCGUCGGCUUAUCCACGUAGACAUCGCCUUCCGCGCGCGUCUACACGCGAAACCCACGCUGAGGGAAGAGAAACGCUUAAUGUAGAAGUGUGUUUCCGGAUGCGAGAGACUGGACGUCGCGCGUGGCGAACGGCGCCGAUAAAGACCCCAUGGGUCGUUACUCCCCCAUGAAAGCGUUUUCUUCCCAUUGUAUUAUACAUGAAAUUUUCAUGGAGCUGACAGUGGCGCGCGAGGACUUGUUUUUACACCGAGAGAUCGAGCCCGGCUGAUGGAGCUGGAAACGACUGGGUUACUUUGCGAGAAGCAAGUAAUUAACGCGUCAUAAGCCGAACGUGAGCUGACGGGAGAAGGUUUCCUUCCUCCUUUGGAGACGCAGAAAGCUACUGAUCUGCUAACCCCUUCGCAUCGGGGGUGGCACCGGCGAAGCGUGGCUUUUACCGUGCUCCACUCCGAGCAAAGUAACUUUGUUGACCCCGCCGUCGCUCAACGCCGGAGAAGGAAAAUCCGCGGAUCUGAACAAAAGGGGACACCCAUUAUUCGUGACUGCGCGUUUGUAAUAAAUUGUUAAAAUGAACUGUCGACGGUAGCGUAAAAAUUGCAUUUCGAUUCGUCUAAAAGCUUUACGCAAGCACGUUUUUUACUUUUAUAUUUGACGAAACAUAAAAUACGUCUAUUAUGAUUUUUUAAAUUAAUUUAUGAUUUUUCCUACAUACAUAUAAAUGUUAAUAGAUGUGAGGGUAUAAUAAUACGUCAUUAUUACUAGUUCUGCAUUUCAAAAUGUUAACAGAGCGUAAUUUGCUAACAAUGUCUAUGCAUAAAAGAGAAAGGAAGGAAAACGAGAAGAACUAUAAUUAGAUUUUUUUAAAUAAUCAUUGCAGCGUGUAUAAAAGAUCAUCCAUUAUUCACUGGCUUUCCACAUCUAAUUUCUCGAACGUAUAAAUUACACCGCUAAAACAAAAGAACAUAUCCCGUCGGAAGACUCUCGAGAAGGGAUUCAUCUCGCUUAAGCGUGUCGCAAUAACUUUCGGACUGAGAGAGGAUUGUAAGAUGGAUUUACGAUGUUACAUUAUAAGUGGCUAUUCGCCAAUGUUCUAUAUGGCGGCUGUAAAGAAGACUUUAUUUUCCAUUUCCUUCUCAACCCUACAAAUCUGAACAGUCUUUAUUUAUUACGUUCGAGAGUGCAAAUGAUCUAAUAACACUUCAUAAAACAGUUGAGCAGCGUUAUGAAUUCAAUAUAUCGAUUACCAGAGAAACGAUAAUUACAUUUCGCUGCACAAAAUUUAUUUUCGUGGUUUCUAUUAUCUCUUAUUAUUUAAGUAAUAAGAGACUGUCCAAUAACAGAUGGAUUUACGGUCAUCGCGUCUGACUUUGCAAUCUUUACACAACUGAGCGAAAUAUGAAAAGUAUAAGUAUGUAUAUGAAGUCAUAAGAGAACCUUCGUCUUUCUGAAAAUUGUUCAAUUUCAAAAAGCAUCAGACAUUAUAGCCAAAAAGUUGUAUAUUCUCUCUUUCUCUCUCUUUGACUGCACGAAUUUGUUUUUCCGAAUUCGCACAUCUGAAUCUUCAUUAAUUGCGUUUAUGUUUAUGUGUUUACAGAACGACAAUAAUUUUCAGAAAACCUCUCUCUUCGUCAUUUACGGAAUGAUCGAUAGAACAUUUUUAAUUCGAACACAUCGAGACCAUAGCGGUUCUAAUAGAUACAUUACAUAUUGUUAUUGUACAUAAAUGAGACGUGCGGGUCUCUGUGUAGAAAGCAUUGCCGAUAAUUUUGCGAACUCCUUAUCCGUACGCCAGAAUUUAGCGAAUUAGCGUUCUAGAUAAAUAAUUGGUGGUACGUACAUCGACGAACGGUGGUUAAUAUCAUAAUGUAGUGUUUCCUGGAUUGUAGACCACAAACUAUUAAAAAAAAUUACGGAUUUCUACAGACGAAUCAAGUUGCUCCAAGUUUCCAUGCGUUAUAUUCGGCGAUUUAUACGAUGCUACUUCGAGCAAUUAAUUAUAAUAAGUAACUAAGUUUUAAUACGAAUACUCUUCAUUGAUACAUUGUAUAAAAUUGCGAGAUGUAGAGUUCUCGAGAAAACUCAGAUUACAAUUAAACACUUUCAAUUUGUACGCGUUUUGAAUUGUUCUUUUUGCGCGAGAGACACCACGCUGGUUUUGUAAUCUAGACGCGUUUUAAAUGUAGAUGAAAAUGAAUCUGUAGACUGCCACGUAUUACAAAUAUCGAGAUCGCUUACAAAAUACCGAAUGCGCAUCAGUUUCAAUCGUCACGCCGGCGAUUUGGCGAGUCGGUGCGGGCGUUCAUUUCAUUUGCCUAACGAAUUCGUUAUCGAUCAAUCAUGUUUCGCCAGUCGAUUGCAAAUUGCGUGCACGGCGCGAAUUUUCCAAAUGGAUCCAUCAGUUUCGCGAUGCUGCUUGCAUGCGUUUGUGAUGAUUCCGAAAUGUGCUCUGUACAUAUACAUGUAGACGCGCGACAACCGGUAAAUUAUAAUACAGCGCUGCAUUUAUUUGACGCGUAGUGCUAUCGAUAUUGUAUAAUACGAGUAAUAGUGUGUGUACGAUAUUGUAGAAUGAGCCUCAGGGACAUGUAUAUACGCUAAGCUGUAAAUUACAUUAGUUUUUGCAUUUGUGGUCACACAGUAACUUCCCUCCCCGUGUAAAUACGAUGUACCUUAUCGUGUAAUUGGGCAAUAAAUGUUAGACAAUCGUGAUAAUCGUUCGUGCGAAUUGUUACGUAUGUAUUAUAUACUUUAAACUGCUCCUUUUCUUUCCUCUUUCUUUCAUCGAACCUGGCGUUAAACAAUAGUGCAAACUUGUCAAAUUACACACUGAAUUGAGAGAAGAUUGCGUAUGAAUAAAAAUAUAUUAUG